AGGUCCUCAACACACCUGCCAUGACUUGCAGUUGCAUCACAUACCCAAGACGUUGUGACACUCGGUCAGAAACACCACCAGUGAAAUACACUCUAGUUUGGGAAAAAAGACCAGGGACCGAUUUGGCUUACAUAAUCUAACUAUUAAAAUAUGAUACUGUAAACUACCCAGCAUCAUAUGACUACAUUUAAGUACAUUGUCCUGAUAAUGCCUGUAAUGUCUUUCACUCUUAUUUUGAAGUGAUGAAUACAUUCAACAUAAGAAUGCAGGACUUUUAUUGCGCUAUAUUAAUAGUUAAUAAUUGAUUUAAGUAGGCCUACUUCUACUCAUGCCAAUACCAACAUUUCCAGUUAGAGAAUUGGUGAAAAGUACAAACCUAAGAUGCCGUUGGUCUUAAGUACAGAAAUUAUCACGCAAUUCCAUUAACAAUCAGGGGCACCAUCAAUUACAACAUACAUCACUUUGCAGUCCGCGCUGCAGGAAUGGCUGCACCUGAAAGUUUUGGAAGUAUUACGGACACAGACCUAACAAUUUAGUAUUCUGUAAGCAAUGAUCAUUACAUUUGAAUUUGCUUAUCACAGCAGAACAAAUCGUAUGCAUAAACGAAAGCAUCCCGGAGUGCUUUGUCAGCAGUGCCAGCAAGACGAGACUGUCUUGUUUAAUUUGUCCUCAUCAAAGCGAUUAAAUAUUCGGAUCAUCAAAAAGAUCCACAUGUUCCCGUUUGUAGUCACGUAACAUGGAUUUUCUAAAUAUUUCUCAAUCGCCCCUGUGUUAAAAGUAAUUUCUGCACCAUUGCUAGUAUGAUAAUGUAACUUUAUACGUUGCUAUUCCAAUUUUUUUAAUUGUCUGUUUACUGAAACUGCCAUGUAUGAGUGAGAAAAUCGCUUGAACUAACAGAUUGUUGUUAGUCUGUGAUGUUAUUAUCUGCAAUUCAUUUAAAUUAUUAUUAUUUUGCUUUCCCCACACUGCCACACAUGAAUUUGCCAGUGAUGAACUUAACUGCAUUUCAGUGAUUUUAAAUAUAUUGUCAUAACCAUUCUAAGUUGAAAGUCAAGUUCUCGAGUAAAUAUACCACUUAGUCGUCACAGCAAUCCUUUAGAAUUUGAGCUUUUCAGGAGUUAUAUUGGGUAAAUUAAUUGUUUUAUUAAUCGUGAAUUAAAAAGAAAGCUCUUUAAAACAAUUGAUACAUUUAUUGAUGGAUGAUUAGACAAUCAAAAACACAACUGCUUUAUUACAUUUAUAUAGAAAGUCAUUGUAAGGGGCAGCCUUUGUUGUAACUUCUGUUAGAGGUGUAAGUCUUCCCUGGCCUCACUAUUUAAUUGGAUUAUCACUCAUCUGUCAACAAUUGUCAAUAUAUCGUAUACUACAUUUUUCUAAACAAAUGCACAUGGAUAAUAUUUUGAAGAAAUAAUCUAAACAAUCAGAUAAAUCCCCCUUUUUUUAAAUUUAGAAAGUAAAAAAAAUCCUACUAUUAUUUAAUAAUGCUCCAUCUUUCAUUAUCUUUAGUUUGCUGUAGUGAACACAAAUAUAGACAACACCAACAUGUUGACACCACAGUUGGAUUUCAGCCUGCAUGUAAGCCAGCUCAACAUUGUCCACAACAGAUUCUCUGCACGCGUGUGUAACCCUGCGACAAUAACGCGCAUCCUUCUCAGUCACUUCAACUGGGAUAAAGAAAAACUGAUGGAAAGGUAUUUUGAUGGAAAUCUGGACAAGCUUUUCUCUGAGUGUCAUGUCAUUAACCCCAGUAAGAAGCCUCGCAUCCGUCCUCCAAUCAACACUAGAUCAUCGGCACAGGACAUGCCAUGUCAGAUCUGCUAUCUGAACUUCCCCAACUCUUAUUUCACAGGCCUGGAGUGUGGGCACAAGUUCUGCAUGCAGUGCUGGGGAGAUUACCUGACUACCAAAAUCAUAGAAGAAGGAAUGGGACAGACCAUUUCUUGUCCUGCGCAUAGUUGUGACAUUUUGGUGGAUGACAACACAGUCAUGCGCCUGAUAACAGAUUCAAAAGUGAAGUUGAAGUACCAGCAUUUAAUUACGAAUAGUUUUGUAGAGUGCAAUCGACUGUUAAAGUGGUGCCCUGCACCAGACUGCCACCAUGUUGUGAAAGUCCAAUACCCAGAUGCCAAGCCAGUGAGGUGCACGUGUGGCCGUCAGUUCUGCUUCAACUGUGGAGAGAACUGGCAUGAUCCUGUCAAGUGUAAGUGGUUGAGAAAAUGGAUAAAGAAAUGUGAUGAUGAUAGUGAAACUUCUAACUGGAUUGCAGCAAAUACGAAGGAGUGUCCAAAAUGCCAUGUGACCAUCGAGAAAGAUGGUGGCUGCAAUCACAUGGUUUGUCGGAACCAGAACUGCAAAGCGGAAUUCUGCUGGGUCUGCCUGGGUCCAUGGGAACCCCACGGCUCAGCCUGGUACAACUGCAAUCGCUACAAUGAAGAUGACGCCAAGGCUGCCAGAGAUGCUCAAGAGUUCCAUGCUGUGUCUGUGCAGCGCUCCAGAGCCGCCUUGCAGAGGUACCUGUUCUACUGCAACCGCUACAUGAACCACAUGCAGAGCCUGCGCUUUGAGCACAAGCUCUAUGCUCAAGUCAAGCAGAAAAUGGAGGAGAUGCAGCAGCACAACAUGUCCUGGAUUGAGGUGCAGUUUCUGAAGAAGGCUGUGGAUGUGCUCUGCCAGUGCCGCUCCACACUCAUGUUCACUUAUGUCUUUGCCUUCUACCUCAAGAAGAACAACCAGUCCAUUAUUUUUGAGAAUAACCAGGCAGACCUUGAAAAUGCCACUGAGGUGCUGUCUGGCUACCUAGAGCGGGAUAUCUCCCAGGAUUCCUUGCAGGACAUCAAGCAGAAAGUACAAGAUAAGUACAGAUACUGUGAGAGCAGGCGAAGAGUGCUGCUACAGCAUGUGCAUGAAGGCUAUGAGAAGGACCUGUGGGAGUACAUUGAAGAUUGAGGACACGUCCCAAUGCAAUAGACUCUUGAGUAUCUUGACAAACUAGAGCGCUGAUGCAAUUUAACAGGGCAGCACGGGCCUUCUGCCGCCUCUCCUUUGGCAAAACAACCACUUUUGCAUCAUUUUCCUGGAUUUGUUUAACAAAAUCUUCAAAAUAAAUUAUAUUUAAAUGAAAGGUAGAGUAAUAAAAUGAAAGUGUACUACAGUAUUGUUAGAAACAGAGUGGAGUCUUGAGAAAGCAGAGAAUCCAUCUUAAACAAAUGCAUCCUUUUGGCUUGUUAUUGUAACACCUCCCCUGAACUGAAUCUUAUUUUUCUUUGUUUUUUUUUGCUUGUGAAUCUUUUCUGUUUUGAUUUUUAAGUUUGUUUCCCAUUAGUGUGAACAUGUUUUCAACACAGCUUUAAUUGUCCUUCCAUGUCUGCAAUAUCUGGUGAGAUCCUUGUCUGAGUGGCUGGGUGUUGAUAGUUUGAUUGCAAAGGGGCAAAGACAUUUCAGGUGGGAAAAGAAGAAAAACAUCAGAAGAACAAAAAAGCAAGUCUGUAUUUUUCAAUUUGUAAAUAGUCCAUAUGCAUGGAAGUUAAAGAGCAAGAAUGGCACGUGUUUGCAUCAUUUUGAAAUAUUUAUUCUUCGCCAAUAUUGAGAAUGGUGUACUUUUGCCAUGUAGGUUGAGUCUGUCUUCUUCCUCCGUAGUGUGUGGGAGUUUGAAUGUCUUUGGCAAAAAGGUAUUUGUCCUGUCAUCCUCAGUCUCUACGGAGCAGUGUACAAGUUACACCGUAUCAGUAACUCUGGACGGGGAAGUAUUUCUCUUAGUUGUCAAGUAAUCCGAUAAAUAACUCAGUUAAGGAGCACAGCUUAGUUGGAAAACCAAGAGCAGACCCUGUGGCCCUCUAUUCUAACCUUUUGCCGUACCCUCUUAGUUGUUUUUAGAGGUGUUUAACAUUUAAGUACAUUACUAAUUAUUUGCAAGAGCCAAACUGAGUGACAUUCACUCUUCUUUUCUCUCCUUCCCGACGUGGCUGGAGGUAGCCCUCGUAAAGCUCAGCCUGCACCUUGGGGAAUGAAAGAGGGUAAAGGAAUGGACAGGCAGCCCAUCUUUGCCGUGCUCCUCAUUGGGCUGGAUCACCGUCACACAGGGUCAGGCAUGUGCAUCGCUCCGGGGGGCGUGGGCCCGUCGGUGCCGCGCAGUAAAACAGAGCACAGCUUCAGGCUAAGCUACCCAGAUGGACUUGCGUGAUCCUUAGGCAGAUGAAGAAGAUGGGGCAAACUGAAGGUUGUAGGACUCUUUUAUAAUACCGUCAUGCUUUUGCAUUAAAACCUGUAUUUUUCACACAUAGGUUGAGGAGUUGACAUUGAAAUGUCCGUGCCCCUCCAGGUUUUGCAUUGUUCUUUGAGAUGGUUGGUCUGGUUGUCAAGCGCUCUGCUUGAAAAUGCUCUUUCAUGUCUCUGUAAUAACGUGAGUAUACAGGCGUUGAUGCAAGUCAGAAGAUAACACCAAAGUGUCAGCUGUCAUUUAAACACAUCCUUUAACCCAGUUUCAGAUUUUUGGGGAACUCCCAAAUGCUUCUAAUGUGUUCAAACUAUUAUUUUAUCCUAGCAAAUUCUAAACUGUAUUGUUUAUUUGAAUAAAUGUCAUGAGAAAUCUCAUUUUUGGGAGUACUGUGUGAGUCAUUAGACUAGGUUUGGUCUCAAUCAUAUGAAUAAUCCAAACAUCCGUGAUGCAUUUCUGCAUUAUGUAUUUUGCCAUGUAGUGUACGACAGACCUUGGCAGAGCUGUCUUCCAGAAGUGCGUGGAAUUAAUUUGCUAACUGAAUAAUUUUGAUUUAAGGCCAACUGUUUUGCUUUUUUGUACCACUUUUAUUUGCAGACUGUGAUAAAGAUGAGGUUUUUAUAUCACUUUUGAAUUCAUUUUGUCUCUAGUCACAAACCAAUGAUGACACCGGUUGAAUAGGAACAAAAGAUAGUCUCUUUUCUCUCAGCUGCAGUAACUCCAGUUGUAGCUGUGAUCAUCUGGUGAGGAUCCUCUCCAGGGCUCACUCUGUUUGCAUUGUAAGCAGCUCCUUACAUUAAAUUGAGACAUCCAAAAACUUUUAAUACUUUUCUACAUAUCUUUUCUUUAUGCUAUGAAAGGUGUUUUAUUUCCUAUUAGUGUAAAAAUGUGAGAAAAAUUAGUUGUCUGUUUUGGAGAAAAUAUUAAAGUGAAAAAUGUUGCAACAUC